AUCAAAAUGUCGGAACCGAUGGAACGCCAGCAAAACGUUUAGUCUGAAAGUAAUAGACGGGAAGCCGAAGGUUUUCAACAACGGAACUCAACGCAGGUAAAAACUAGUGAGGUGGAAGCGUUCGUCCAAACCGGAAGUGGGAGAAAAACAAAAGCAAAUAGGCGAUCAAAUUUUGGUUUCUUCGUUGAUUUACACUCGGAAAUUGCACGUUCCGAUUUCGCUGACGACUUUUUGACGUUUCAAGGCAGAGUUUUCUGGCUUUCUGGGAUGAACUUAGUGGCAGCAGCCCCCGCAGUGGAGUGGCGUCGGCGGGCUGACGUACACCCGAGAGGCGUGGGGUUCUUGAGAGCUGUCACAAGAGCUAAGGCUAACGAGCUAGAUAACUUAACACGAUAGGCUAACAAAACAAAUACACUCCACUCCAGCGAAGUUGAAUUUUGCUUGUCCGGACUCCUAAAAAAACCCUUAACUUAACUUUGAAUAGACACCGCGAGAACCACCGGGGGCGGACGAGAUUUGAAAGUGGGCAGUUUAGCUUAGCACUUAGCAACGCGCAGAAGAAAACAACUCCAUCGGCGUACUCGCAAAACGCACAAGUGGACAGACUCAGCACUUUAGACGUCUGUUAGGUUGAUUUUUAAGUGCGUAGAGGCACUAUUCUAUUUAGUUUUUUAGGAGGGGCGGGGGGCUUGUUGUUUAUGAUCGAGCCUCUUGUUUUGUUUUGCUUUUUAAGUUUCUACAUUUGGAGGUUUGGUUGUUAGCAUGGAGGCUGCGGAUCCCGGCAGUGGCGCCUCGGAGCGGUUACGUAACAGCCGCAAGUCCGCCGACAAGCUGCUGCUCUGACAGCCGCAAACACGGACACGCGUACACACAAACACACACUUGAGCAAACAAAUACGAGAGGGGCGGUGGGAAAGAAGAGGACCAACACAUAACAACAUGGAGGAUCUGUGAGACGGCUGGUGCACGCGUAACAACGAUAAGAGCAAUUUGGGCAAGAUGGAUUCAAACCCGCUCAUCAACGCCAUGGACCCGUCUAUCACACUCUGGCAGUUCCUGCUCCAUCUGCUGGACGACCAGCGCCAGCGUCAUUUGAUUUCAUGGACCGGCGAGGACGGAGAGUUCAAGCUGCUAGAUGCCGAAGAAGUGGCUCGCCUGUGGGGCCUGCGCAAGAACAAACACAACAUGAACUACGACAAACUCAGCCGCGCGCUCAGAUACUACUAUGACAAGAAUAUCAUCAAGAAGGUGAGCGGACAGAAGUUUGUGUACAGGUUUGUGAGCCAGCCUGAUCCGUCCUUGCCGGACGGGACACACAAUCCCGAAGACAGCCAAAGACAGGACAACCCGGACGCCAAUAGCCAAACAAAAAGCUGCCCGUCCAAGAAUGUAGUACAGAAGUCAUCGCCCGGCAACUCGCAAAAGAGUUCUCGAAACGACUACAUGAAGUCGGGCCUGUACUCCACCUUCACCAUCCAAUCGCUGCAGGCCGCGCCCAACCCUCGACCCGUCAAAGCUGAACUGCUACUAGACCCUGUCCCCAAGCUGGACCGUGCGCCCAAAGAGGUUUUCCCUCCGUCAGUGCUUGCCGAUUCAUCUCGUCAGGUGAUUGUCACGCAUCCUUCACCGUGUCCUACGCCUGUCGUCAGCCCCCAGACAGCUGCCAACACCCCCGGUCAUUCACAGAAUCCUCCAGGACCGCCUUUGAUCGACCAUCCCCACAUUUACCUCACCAGUGUCAAGGACCCGUCCUCCCUAACCCCACUCCUUCCAUUGGCUCCUGUCGGGGGCUCGGUCAGUUCUGUCCAGCCGCCCCACGCGAUUGUGAGCCCCCAGACGCCACCGCAGGAUGACAGCGAGGGAUUGGCCAAUGUUGCUGGCUUGCCACCCCACCCGACUCCCUCUCAGCCCGUCUUGGUCAUCAUCAACCCUCCUCCAUCGCAGCAACAGCGCGCCGCCAUGACGUCCACACCUCCUUCCGUUGGGCCACCCAUAACACGCCCGCCCCCACCGCCCAUUGUCAUCAAGGAGGAGACCUUGCCGUCAGAGGAGGAGCUUCUGGAGAUGGUUGAGCUGGAGGAUAAACGGGUGGAAGAGGUUCCUCGCAUUUGCGGCACGGGAGACCCUCAGACAAACCUCACCAUUGUUGAAGCUUUGCCCGUUCCCAGCACCCAGCCUCGGGAGGGGAGACCAGAGGGAGAAGGAAAAGACACACAAUCAGGGUCUGCGCCUGCAGUGACAUCAUCGAUCUCCAGUCCAGACGUCAAUCCUCCCAAACCGAAGAAGCCCAGAGGCUUGGAGCUGCCCUCCCUCCCCCCAGGCCUCUCUCUGGAUAAGGUCAAUGCCGCCGUCAAUAGUUUGCUUGCACCCGGCUCAGCAACCAACACGCUGACGCCCACUGUCAUCACCUCGCACGCUCUGACUCCGGUCCUGUUGACUCCCAGUCCCCUCCCAUCCACCAUCCACUUUUGGAGUACGCUCAGUCCCAUCGCGCCUCGCUCGCCCGCCAAACUCUCCUUCCAGUUCCCGACAAACGGCAGUAACCAAAUCCACAUCCCGGCGCUGAGUGUGGACGGUCUCUCCACCCCUGUGGUUCUGUCACCCGGUCCCCAGAAGCCCUGAACGUUGCAUUGGCGCAUCAGAAGGCUGCUGUGUUAUUUGCGCCACUUGCCAAGAUGGCGGCAUCACCGUCGCCGUACCUUCUCCAGUUGGAGUGACCUACAGGAAGACGCAUCAGAUUUUUCCUGUUUACGAAGAAGAGGAAAAGAUUUUUUGCCCCC